AUGAAUCUUUCUCAUGUCCUAAAAUUUCUGGUCGGAUUGGCUUUCAUCUCGACCCUCGGAUUCGUCACCUGGUUUUUGCUGCGUUAUAGUGAUGUAAGUGUAGUUUUCAUUGGUGUUUUGAAUUUUUAGGCGGUAAGAUAUUGCGUGAAGUGAUGAAUGAUACGCUUUUUAUUGCUGUUUUAUCUGAAAAUUGGCUAAUGGUUUUGCCCCGACAUUAUUCUUGAUGGGACAGACGGUUUAGCGAUUUUAAUGGGUUGUUCCUGGCGGAAACUAAAGAUUUUUUGCGUAUUGAGAAUGCAGACAGCACGAGCUUGCCUUUGAGUAGCAUUUUUACGCUGGCAAUACACAAAUUUAUAAAUUUAUUACACAAUCUUCUUCUAGGAUACUGGCAUUUCCAAGAGUUUGCCGUUGAUCCGGAAUCCAGACAUUAUCCCGGCACCUUUGCCAAAUAUGGAUCAUAACGACAAGGAGGAUGUCACGCAGAAACUUUCCGAGGUUUUAAAGAUCACUGAACCAGAGCUUGAUCCUCUCCCUCCAACAGUUGACCCUAUCAAGGAGAACGUCGCUAAAGUUGAAGAAAAAGCCGAGGAACCAGCGGAUCAAGUGGAAAAGUCGGUUGACGAGGUCGAAAAGGAUGAACUGCCUGACGUAAGAAGCCAUAAUAAUUUUUUUUGGCAGUUUUUAUUGUUUUGGUCGAGCGUUGUGACUAAAGUUAUAUAAUUUUUCUCGGUUGCAAUGUAAAUACGAAUAUUUUCAGCCCGAUAGACCUCCAUCUGUUCAUAUAUUUUACUACCCAUGGUAUGGCGAUGUGAAAAAUGAUGGAAAAUAUUAUCAUUGGGAUCAUCGAGUCUUCUACAAUCGGGAGCCCAGAGAAGGCGAAAAGGGUAAUUUUUUGUUAUAUUUUUUGUGAUUUAGGUACUCAGUUGUCUUGUCAGAUAGGUUUUCAUCCGCCUGUCAUUGAUUUUUUUAAAAUAAGUAACAAAAAAUAGUUUUGAGAUAUUGCACUAGGUGAGGACGAAAAAGUUGCUUUCCAAAACGAAUUUGUUUGUUCAAUUUUCCAGAUAUUAUUAUUUCCAGAAUGUGUAAUGUCUAUUUCAGUGAACCAUCUUGCUCCCGGCGACAUCGCAUCCGUUUAUUACCCUCAACUCGGCGCUUAUAGCAGUAAAGAUACCUAUAUAAUUGACAAGCAUUUCAAAUGGAUGAAAUAUGCCAAAAUUGAUGUUGUUGUGGUCUCCUGGUAUCCAGUUGGAGCUCUCAGUAAGUUUUUUCUUACUUUUUUGUUCUGUUUUUUAGGAAGUGUAGCUGAUUUUGAUGAUAUUUCUUCAGAGUACCCAUGGGAAGAUUUGAUGCCAAUUUUCCUUGAUUCUUGCGCCAAAUAUCACAUGAAAUUGGCAUUCCAUAUGGAACCAUACACAAAUCGGAGUGCUCUGAGUGUUAGAGACGAUCUCCAGUACUUGGUGAAGACCUACGGAGAUCAUCCCGCAUUUUAUCGGACAAAACCAAAAGUGGGCAUCAAAUUGUUGCCCGCAGUUUAUGUUUAUGACUCAUACCUGGUAAAAGACAACGAAUGGAAGGAGAUAACCACCCCUGGAAAAGAGAAUACGAUUCGCGGAACGUGGUUCGAUGCGAUGUUGAUUGGUAAGAUGGGUUAUAUUAUACAUGAAUAAUAUUGCGAAAAUUUUAUGACAAAUAGUCAUCAAAGCAGAAGAAGGAAGCUCUCGGCCCAAGUAGUAUAGUGGUUAGUACUCCACGUUGUGGCCGUGGCGACACAGGUUCGAUUCCUGUCUUGGGCAUUUUUGGGGUUUUUCAAAAUUUUGCUGACUUUUUUUUACAAGGAAAGCCCUUCUAUGGGGUAUGGAGUUACAGGUCGUGACAUAUAUCAAAAAAUUCGCAAAUUUUUUCUGGUUCAGAAUAUGAAAAAUUAGCUACCCAAUUUUGGUUUGCAAGGGCGAAAAAACCCUCGGAACUUUUCUCGCAACACCACGCAAAUGCCUUUUGACCAAGUUUUUUACCAAUUCAAAAGCUUUGUUUUGAGCUAAAGUGAACUCUGGCAUCUUCUUGACAAGCCUUAUAAUAUCAAAUUUAAUUUAUACUACACCUUAAUUUUAUGGUUACAAUGUAAAAAAAGGGGCAUUUACGUGGUGUUGCGAGAAAAGUUCUGAGGGGUUUUUCACCCUUACAAAAUUGGGCAGCUAAUUUUUACAUACUUUGAAUCAGAAAAAUUUUGUGGUUUUUUUGUUAUAUAUCUCGACCUGUAACUCCAUACCCCAUAGAAGUACUUUCCUUGUAAAAAAAUCAAAGUCAGCAAAAUUUUGAAAAAUCUCAAAAAUGCCCAAGAGAGGAAUCGAACCUGUCUCGCCACGGCCACAACGUGGAGUACUAACCACUAUACGACUUGGGCCGACAGCUUCUUUCUUAUACCUUGAUGACUAUACAUUUGCCAUUUUCGCAAUAUUAUUCAUGUACUAGCCACUAUUAUUUCUUUUAAAUUUUUUCUAUUUUUUCAGGCCUCGCUCUUCAACCACGCGAUGUAGCAUCGCUGAAGGCAGCUGGAUUCGACGGAAUCUACACUUAUUUUGCCGCUGAUGGCUUCACCGGAGCCUCAUCGAAACGGAAUUGGAAGGACAUUGCGAAGCUCUGCAGAGAACAUGAGAUGCUGUUUGAUUUGUCGAUUGGCCCGGGAUAUGACGACUCGAGAGUCCGACCAUGGAAUGGGGCCAAUACGAGGACGAGAAAUGAUGGAAAAUACUAUGUGGAACACUUUGAAGCGGCGUAUCAAGCUAAGGUAAGAUGCUACACAUAAGAAAUGGGAAGGGAUAGAGUGGAAAUGAGGCGAGGAAUCUUGAUAAGUCGUUUGGAAGGAGGUUGGACGUUUGUAAAAUACGGUUGUCCUACUUCUAGCUUCUUAUAAUUAAGCAUAAAAGGAAGAGUAGAGUUGCAGACAAGGAAAGUACUUCUACGGGAUACAGAGUUACAGGUCGAGAUAUACAUCAAAAAAAUCGCAAAAUGAUGUGGGAUUCAGAAUAUGUAAAAAUUAGCUGCUCAAUUUUGGUUUGUAAGGGUGAAAAAAAAACUCAGAACUUUUCUUGCAACACCACGCAAAUGCCCCUCUUUUACAUUGGAACUACUAAUUAAGGUGUAGUAUUAAUCAAAUUUGAUAUUGUAAGGCUUGUCAAGAAGAUGCCAGAGUUUACUUUAGCUCAAAACAAAGCUUUUGAUUUGGUAAAAACUUGGUCAAAAAGGCAUUUGCGUGGUGUUUCGAGAAAAGUUCCGAGGGUUUUUCGCCCUUACAAACCAAAACUGGGCCGCUAAUUUUUACAUAUUCUGAAUCAGGAACAUUUUGCGAUUUUUUGAUGAAUGUUUCGACCUGUAACUCCAUACCCCGUAGAAGUACUUUCCUUGUGAAAAAAUUAAAUGAAUCGCUUGUCUAGGUUUGUUUAUUCUUCAAUUUUAGCCCGACAUCCUCUCGAUCACCUCCUUCAACGAAUGGCACGAAGGAACGCAAAUCGAGCCAGCUGUCCCUUUCACCGACAAAUUGACCAAUUUCUCGUAUCCUCCCUAUGAAAACGGCACGGACACGUAUCUAAGACUGACCAAAGAGAUGAUUGAAAAAUAUUUUAGUCAACAUCAGAGAUUUAUUCGAGAGGGACCUUGA